UUUCAAACUUACAUCUCUAUAUAAAAAGCCUCUUGCUUUGUUGUAUGCUGAACCAAGAUUAUUGUAACUCACAAGAUUUGUUAAGAGAAAAAAAAGAAAGAAGGAAAAGAGAAGUCUAGUUUGGUAAGUGAAAUGGAAGCAGGGAAAGGAACGGGGUCAUCUUCUCCUUCCAUAACUACUCAACUCUUUGGCUCUAGAGAGCCACCUUCAUCUUCUAAUGAGGUUUUAAGGGCUCUAUUAUCUCCUCAAUCUAAGGUGUCAGGAGGAAGGUAUUUUCGUCCUGGUACGGUGGCUUUACCACAGGAUUCCCUGAAUGUGCCCCAGAAUGCAAAGCCUACAACCAAUGGUAAUCAUUCUAAAGGGCAUGCAGGUGAAGUUCGAAGUGCAGAAAAUGGAAGAGUGGGUUCCACCUAUCAGGAGCAAAUAGUAGAACCAUGUCAUUUAAGUUCCUCGAUCUACUAUGGUGGCCAAGACAUAUACAUUCGAUCCCACAGUGACCAGGACUCUGGAUUGAACGAUGAUAGUGAAGAAGAUGAAUCGGGGUAUGCAUCAAGAGGAAACUGGUGGCAAGGAUCUGUCUAUUAUUGAGAGUUCACUUGCCUAUCUACGUGCAUAUCAAGGUACAUAAGGAAGAUACAGAUAGCAGUUCGAUCUGUUUCUGGCUAUAUACAUGGAACUGGACUACAGUAAUCAGACAUUGCGGACAGCACUAUAGUUAUUUGGCUCCCUUCUUCGACUUGAAGGAUGAGACUUGUUUUUUUCUUUUCUUUCUUUUUAUUCUGUUAAGCAUAUCUACUUAAGUGACUUCUUGAUAUACUAUGAUGAAUUAGAACUUGUGCUUGAAUGUCUGGUUUCUCGGCCAUAAUCAAAUAAGAUUUUAGUUCUUGCAUUAA